UAAUAAUGAAAUAGGGGAUUCCCCUUUUAACAUGUAUGCACACACUCAAGCCGUGCGUGUCAAGUAAAAGGAGGUUUUCUAUUCAGUUUGUCAAGUAAGUUGCAUGCGAGUGGUUGCGUUCAAAGUUCGUAAUAAUAUGGCACCGAAAAAGAAGCUACUUUCUAUUAAAGAGAAAAUGGAAAUUAUUAAUGUUUUCGAAAAAGAAAAGUUAUCAGUACGUGGAAUUGCAAAAAGGUUCAAUAUUGGAAAAACGCAAGCUGCUGAAAUUAAUAAAAAUAAAGAAAAAAUUCGUUCUAAAUGGGAGUCUGGAUCUAAUGUUCACCAAAAGCGAAGUUUCCUUAAAGAAGGCGGCUCGGAUAUAGACAGGAUGUGUUUUGAUUGGUUCGCUAAGGCUAGGAGUCAAAAAAUUCCGAUUUCUGGUCCCAUUUUGAAAGCAAAGGCAAUGGAAAUUGCAGGAAAACUGGGGGUACCUAAUUUUAAUGCUUCGGAUGGAUGGCUAAAUAAAUGGCGAUUAAGGAAUAAUGUUUCCUUCAAAUGCAUAUCUGGUGAAGCUGCAGAUGUGAAUCAGGAUGAUGUCGAACAGUUUCGGACAAAGCUGCCAACUCUGUUGAAUGGGUACAAGCCUGAAGACAUUUACAACGCCGAUGAGAGUGGGCUUUUCUUUCGUGCCUUACCGGACAAAACACUCGCUCUUAAAUCCGAAAAAUGUGUGGGAGAUAACGCGGCUUCUCAUCCAAAGGAAUUAGACUUGACCAACAUAAAAAUUUGUUUCUUGCCACCAAAUACAACGGCAGUUAGCCAACCCCUUGAUCAGGGUAUAAUCCAAAAUUUUAAAACUUUGUAUAGAAGCUUAGUUUUAAAACACUUGAUAACUAAAAUUGGCGAUACAAGUUCAGCCUCAGAGCUCUCAAAAUCGAUUAAUGUACUGGAAGCUGUGUAUUUCAUCAAAGCAUCUUGGCAUAAAGUGGAAGCCACAACAAUCCGAAACUGCUUCCGUAAAGCAGGAUUUUUGGAAACUUUAGAGGAUCCUUCAGAUUUUGAUCCCGAAGAUGACAUUCCACUGGCAGUCUAUGCUAGGCUUCAGGAAGGACUAGAUUUGGCAAAUGAUUUCGAAGGUUUUCUCCAAAUAGAUCAAAAUGUUUUCACUGAGGACAACAAUAUAGAAAUUCAAUUUGACGAACCAGAUGAUGCUAUGGACUUAAGUGAUUCAGAAGAUGAACCUUCAGAAGAAAUAAGUGACCCCAUAACAUCAUAUGAUGAGGCUUUAAAACUUGUUGAGCGCUUGAAACAAUUUGCAAAAAAUGACUAUGUAGCUUUUCAGCAGGUUAAAAAUAUCGAGAGUCACUUUGAAAAUGAAAAUUUUAAAUUAAAGGAAUCAAUGUUAAAACAAACAAGCAUCACACAAUUUUUUCAAACAAACUAGUCGAUAUUGAAA